GCCAACAUGGCAGAUGGUGAGCAAGACCACGUAAGCAAUGAAAUUCGCGAAUGUACUCGUCGGAAACUACAAUCAUUUGAAUCAAUCCGCAAUAAAAAUAUAAAAGACGUUGAUUUACCAUUCUGGGAUAUAGUUGUGGUCACUGCUGUUGAUCCCCAGCAACGCAUGGCGUAUGAACUUGAGAUCGAAUCCAAAGUCAAACAUGGUGAACUACCGAAAGGGGUGAUUUAUAAGGUUGUAAAUGAUCCAAGUGGUACGAAGAUUGGUAAUGGUGGAGCAACACUUCAUGCUAUUAAACUGCUGGAGAAAGAUCAUGGAUCACAAUUUCUUAGUCAGUGUAAAGUGUUGAUGCUUCAUGCAGGAGGGUUUAGUCAACGUUUACCAAGUGCUAGUGUUCUUGGCAAGAUAUUUACUGCAGUACCUUACGGGGAACCUCUUUAUCAAAUGUUUGAAAUAAAGCUUGCAUUGUGUAUUGAUUUUCCAAAGCAUAUGAAUCCUGGCAUUUUUAUUUCAUGUCCUGAUAUUAUGGAGCCAUUUUCUUUUGAUACCAGUGAAUGGGGUUUUCAUAAACCAGGAAUAACUGCCAUAGCUCAUCCAUCACCAAUUGAGAUUGGGACCACACAUGGUGUUUUUGUUCUUGAAGACAAUCCACAUGUGCUUGGAAAAAAUCAUUUUGAUUUACUGUCCGUGACCCAGUCAAGUUGUAUUCAAUUUUUGCACAAGCCUUCCAAAGAAAAGAUGCAUGAAGCAAAUGCUGUUUUUAUGGUUGGUGAUAUGGAGUAUAUUUAUACAGAUGGAGAGUUCUUCAUGGAUUGGCCAACUGCUUUUAAAUUGAUCAAGCUUUACACAGAAUUAUCACCUUUGAACUGUGAGAUUGAUGCAUUUGGUGAUUUCCUUCAGGCUCUUGGACAAAACAGCAAUAAAGAUUAUUGCAAGAAUGUUGCAAAUGUUGUUCAGGUCGUUCCUAAACUCAUUGAAACCAGGGAAAAAUUUUAUGAUUUGUUGCAAGAAACUCAGUUUAAUGUCUUACUUUUCAACAAAUCUAAAUUUUACCACAUUGGUACAAUGACUGAAUACAUUGAAUCGUUUUGUGAUAACAUGGUUAUGAGACAUGAAAUGUGCCUCUCAAACCAAGCAUUUGUUCGUUUCAAUGGUGCUAAGAAGCCUUUUCAACCUGAAUCAACUUGUGUCUUUUCCACCAUACUUGAUAGUGAUGUUACUCUAGGUCAGAGAUGUGUCUUGGAAUAUUCCAAAAUUGAAUCAAAUGUUACAAUUGGUGAUGGCUGUAUUGUUAGCAACAUGUUGGUACCUUCAUCGUCAUAUAUAUCAUCAGGGUCUUUUCUUCACACUGUUUGUGUCACAAUUGGUAAUCAAGAUCAUUUAUUUGUGACAGUUGUCUUUCACAUUCAUGACAACUUGAAAAAAGUUGCAUCAGUUGAAAAUAUGAAUGCACUAUCAUAUUUCAAGCAACCUUUGGAUCAAGUUCUUAAGUAUCUUAAUAUCAAAUUGGAGGAUCUUUGGCCAAGUGAUAACUCCAUGACAAACCUGUGGCAUGCCAGAUUAUUUCCUGCAUUCUCGUCAAAGAAACUGUCCUCAUUACAUGCCAUCAAAAUGGUUGAUGCAGUAACUGCAGGUGAUGUCAUUGAAGAAGAUACUGGUGAAUUUUUUUCUUCAAAGAGAUUAUCAAUGGCAGAUAUUGUUGCAGCAAAAGAUGUGAAAGGAAUGUUGAGUGAAAGAGAAGAUUUAAAAUACACUUUGAAAAAGUAAUUUUGAUCUCACUUUUAUCACUAGAAUAUAUUGACUAGAAUGUUAGAAACAUUUAACUACAUUUUUAUUUUUACUUUUUCCAAAGCCACUCCACAAACUUGGUCAUUUAAAGCUACCAGUUUACUGACAAUAAGCAUAUUAUCUUGGAAGGUCAGACUUGAUCAUGAAUUUAAAAUUUCUUAAUUGCUUUAA